GCCAUCCUCCACGAUGAACCAGUGUCACUAUGAUAAGCGCAUGGACUUUUUUUAUAACAUGAGCAAUACCGACACGGCAGAUGAAUGGUCGGGGACGAAACUCGUGAUCGUCCUGUGCUUCGGAACCUUUUUCUGCCUGUUCAUUUUCAUCUCCAACGCCCUGGUCAUCGCCGCAGUGGUCAAGAACAGAAAAUUUCACUUCCCCUUCUACUACCUGCUAGCUAACUUGGCCGCCGCCGACUUCUUCGCCGGAAUCGCUUACGUGUUUCUCAUGUUCAACACCGGCCCGGUCUCCAAGACCUUGACAGUCAAUCGCUGGUUUCUGCGCCAGGGCCUCCUGGACACCAGCUUGACCGCCUCCCUGUCCAACCUCUUGGUCAUCGCGGUGGAACGUCACAUGUCAAUCAUGAGGAUGAGGAUCCACAGCAACCUCACCAAGAAAAGGGUGACCCUCCUGAUCCUGCUCAUCUGGGCCAUCGCGAUCUUCAUGGGCGCCGUCCCGACCCUGGGCUGGAACUGCCUCUGCAACAUCUCGGCCUGCUCCUCCCUGGCCCCCAUUUACAGCAGGAGUUAUCUCAUAUUCUGGGCGGUCUCCAACCUGGUGGCGUUCUUCGUCAUGGUGGUGGUGUACCUGAGAAUCUACAUGUACGUCAAGAGGAAGACCAACGUCUUGUCUCCUCAUACGAGCGGAUCCAUCAGCCGCCGGAGGACGCCGAUGAAGCUCAUGAAGACGGUCAUGACGGUCUUGGGUGCGUUUGUGGUAUGCUGGACCCCAGGCCUAGUGGUUCUGCUCCUGGAUGGUCUGAACUGCACACAGUGUGGCGUGCAGCACGUCAAGCGGUGGUUCCUCCUGCUGGCCCUGCUGAACUCCGUCAUGAACCCCAUCAUCUAUUCCUACAAGGACGACGAGAUGUACAGCACCAUGAGGAAGAUGAUCUGCUGCUUUUCGGCCGAGAAAGCCCGGGAGAGGCGAGCGUCCCGCCUCCCGUCCACCGUCCACAGCAGGAGCAACGACACGACCAGUCAGUACAUGGAAGACAGCAUCGACCAAGGGACGGUCUGUACCAAAGGCCGCUCCUAGUGGCGCUCGGUCCAGUGCUUCGCACAUAAUAAGCGCCUGACGUGUACGAUCGACUGGUGGACUCUGGACUUCCCUUCCUUCCCCCACCAACCAACCAACCUCUGGUUUUAUCUCUAGGGUGGGACCCUUGUCCCAGUCAAAGGGAGUCGCUUUGGCCAAUCGUUGUAAGAGAUGUUUUAUUUGGGGCUGUACCAGAACUCGACUACAGUGUUACCCGAAGAUGGCCUUCGCGAAGUGAUGCCAGCCGCACGCGUAGUCUCAAAGCGUGAACGUCGUGCUCUAAAAACAGGCCUUUGGAAGCCUCUUCUAGACAGCAGCGAAGAGCAACAACUGAAUGGACCCGUACUUAAUCGUAGACCUGCUACACAGGUUAACUGCUCAGAUCGUGUUUUGUCGUGUUUGUUUAGAACCGUGAUGCCAAGGUGCUUAGGCAAAAAAAUAGAAUUUGAAUCGUGUUAUACAUCUGCUUGCGAAGUCCGUGUAACUCUUUCUGCGUGCAUUUUUUGAUUUUAAAAAAAUGCUUCGAUGUUGAUUAUUGUUUUCUCCCACCCCCGCCCCCCAGCAAAAGAAACCAGUUCCAGCAGCUGCAAGUACCACAGGGACCCUACAGUAAAACAGCGUGGAUCCAGUGUAUAAAUGUCUUCUUUUAAUUGACAGCACAUUUUGGUUUCUAGGUUCCAAAAGAUAGUUGGACGUCAAUUGUUACACAUUUCUUAAAAAGGCCUUGUGGUUCUUUCAAACCCCAAGGACAUAGAUAAUUAUGAAUUUGAAUUUAUAUAUAUAUAUAUUUUUGAAAAAUAAACCUUCUGUGCUGGGUGGCAGUCAGAAGAGGAAAAAUCAAGGCUCACUGCUGAUCAACAAGGCGAAUACCACUCCUUGGCCCUGUGUCCGAAGGGAGACGGAGGACGUUGGGCAAGUCCCUUCAGUUCUCUGAGCCUCCAGUUACCUGAUAUGUUAA